AUGGUUUACCACUGCGUUGAGUUGUCUUCCAAAUCAAUACACUUUCCCUGUUUUUCGUUUUUCACUUCGUCUAGUAGUGCCCCUGCUCGCCUGGUGCAACCUACACUAUCAACAUCACCAUCUCAGUCCUCAAGUUUGACACGAAGCACUAUCUCUAUCAACAUCUUCUCAGAUGUUCAGGAUGUAUCUUCGCUCUCCAUGGGCCUGGUUUGGCAUUGUCAUAUUUGGUUUCGCCAUGGCACAAACAACAGCAAUCGGUUUUGUGACAUCCAUGGAAAACUAUUGGGACUCAAUCGCUGGCAGCAUCAUGACUACGAGCAGAGGAUUUACCACAGUCUCAACCACAUGUCGCUCAAGAUCGCCAUCUCUUUGUGUCCAUACACCCCUACCAUAUCCCGAAACGUUGACAUAUGGCUCAACACGCAGGAAUGGGCUCUUCAUUCUGCCCAUAUCGACAGCCCACAAGAAACCUUUGAUGUGGUUACUGCCGCCAUUCGCUCUGCGGUCCCUACUCCCUCAGUAGGUGUGUUCUGUGGAAAAAGAAGAAUCCUGGUUUGGUCAAGUGGAACACAAACAUGGACUUCCACCAUCGUGUCAACCGCUUCCUUUGCAAAUUCCGAGAUCCUCCAAACGAAGGUCCUGAUCACUGCAGGAGUCGAAAAACUUCAAAAUUUAGCGCAAGCUACCGAUGAAUAG